CAAGCUUUGUUCACCAGUGGAAGCAUCGUGUGAGGUGUCUUGAGCCAUAUGGAAGUUGGUCGGUUGCUACAACUAGUCUUUAGUCUGAUCUUCCUCCUUCUUCUCUUUUUUUUGUAUGUUUUUUGUUGUUUUUUUUAUUUAAAAAAAAAAUGAUUGAUCCUCUUCCAAUCUUCCAUCAGAUUUAUGAUAAUGUGCGUCAUGCAAUUACACAAAUGCAUACAAAUAUUUCAAGGUAAAACUCAAUAUGUGUGUGUGUAGCACAGAAGAUAGACCCAACAAAGAAGCAAACCCAAAACAUCUGGAUGUCGGAGUCUCAUCUUCCAGCGGCUCAGAGAUAAGGACGACGACGCCGAGCUCAACGCGAUGGUCGGCGACUCCUGCUCCCGAUGCGCAGUCGGGAGGACCCGGCGUCUCCUCCCCUGUCUCUGCAGCCUUACUGCUUUUCCAUCUCGAUCGUCGUUGCUUGUGCCAAAGCUGGCCACCGCACGAAGCGACAGGGAAGAGAAGUUCAUCUCCCGAGGCCACAACUUCCACGCUGAGCUGACUCACUGACAACUGCACCUGGGUCUGUGACGUGGAUUGAACAUCAGACAACUCCGAGCAUCAUCGACCCACCAUGUUUCUGCACAAGACCCUCCUGAACUGCUCUCCCCCGGUCACCCCAUGUAUGCUCAUCUCUUUUCUCCUGGUUCUGCUCCCGGGAGUCACUCACUUCUCCCAGGGCAGCGCCAGCCCUGAAGAUGUUGACAGCCCACGAGACAACUGCUCCACUGCGAGUAACUGCUCCGAUGGGGUGGUGCUGCCCCUGUGGAACCCCCAAAACCCUGCGGUGGGCGACAAGGUGGCGCGCGCCAUUGUUUACUUUGCAGCUCUUAUUUACAUGUUCCUGGGCAUGUCCAUCAUCGCAGACCGCUUCAUGUCUUCUAUCGAGGUCAUCACCUCUCAGGAAAAGGAGAUCACUAUCAAGAAGCCCAACGGCGAGACGAUCACGACUACCGUGCGCGUCUGGAACGAGACGGUGUCCAACCUCACCCUGAUGGCGCUGGGCUCGUCAGCACCAGAGAUCUUGCUGUCUGUCAUCGAGGUGAUCGGCCAUGAUUUUGAGGCUGGAUCUCUGGGUCCCAGCACCAUCGUGGGCAGCGCCGCUUUCAACAUGUUCAUUAUCAUCGCUAUCUGUGUCUAUGUGGUGCCAGAGAACGAAACCCGCAAGAUAAAGCACCUCCGGGUGUUUUUUGUCACUGCUGCCUGGAGCAUUUUCGCGUACAUCUGGCUGUAUCUCAUCCUGUCCGUGUUCUCCCCCGGCGAGGUGGCAGUCUGGGAGGCCGUCCUCACCUUCCUCUUCUUCCCUCUCUGUGUGCUGCAAGCCUGGAUCGCAGACCGACGCCUGCUCUUCUACAAGUACGUCCACAAGCGUUACCGCGCGGACAAGACCCGUGGCAUCAUCAUCGAGUCGGAGGGGGACGCCAUGUUCACCAAAAUGGACUUGGAGAUGGACGGCCAGGGUGGGAACUCGCACACUCACCCCAAAGAGGCUCUGGAUGGGAUGCUGGAAGGGGUGGAGGAAGGUGGAGGGACGAGCGCGGAGCAAGAUCAAGACGAGGAGGCCCGGCGGGACAUGGCUCGCACGCUGAAAGAGCUGAAGCAGAGGCAUCCGGAGAAGGACAUGGAGCAGCUGAUUGAGAUGGCCAACUACCAAGUGCUGGUCCAGCAGCAGAAGAGUCGGGCCUUUUAUCGCAUCCAGGCCACGCGCAUGAUGAUCGGAGCUGGGAACAUCUUGAAGAAGCAUGCCGCUGACCAGGCCAGGAAGGUGGUGAGCUGUCAUGAGGCGAGUGGGCAAGAGGAAGACCCCAACACCAUCUACCUGCAGUUCGACCCCUCCCACUACCAGUGCUUUGAGAAUUGUGGUUCCCUCAAGCUGUCAGUGAGCCGACAUGGAGGAGAAAAUGGCUGCACUGUGAAAGUAGACUACCGUACAGAGGAUGCGACCGCCAACGCAGGCUCAGACUAUGAGUUUGCAGAGGGCACUUUGGUCUUCAAGCCUGGCGAGGCGACAAAAGAAUUCACCGUCGGCGUGAUUGACGAUGACAUCUUCGAGGAGGACGAGCAUUUCUACGUGCGCCUCAGCAACCCGCGUAUCGUGCACCGCGCCGAGGUCUCGGUCCUGGAGCCGAGCUCCAUCACCUCCAGCAACAGCACGGUGGGCAUCUCCCCCCACGUUCCUCCGAAGGCGGCCCUGGGCGGCGCUCACACCGCCACGGUUACCAUCUACGACGACGACCACGCUGGCAUAUUCACGUUUGAGAGCAACUCCACCAGGGUCAGCGAGAGCGUCGGCAACAUGCAGGUGAAGGUUCACCGGACGUCCGGGGCCAGGGGGAAGGUGGCGGUGCCGUACCACACUGUCGAGGGCACCGCCAAGGCCGGGGAGGACUACGAGGAGGUGUCUGGCAAGCUGGAGUUUCAGAACGACGAGACCAUGAAGCUGAUGAACGUGAAGAUCAUCGACGACGAGGAGUACGAGAAGAACAAGAUCUUCACCAUUGUGUUGGAGGAGCCCAUCCUGCUGGACGUGGGACAGAGACACGGAGACACCAACGAUAACAAGACAGCUGCGGGACCAGAGGACGUGUCAAAGAUGGGCUGCCCCUGCCUGGGAGAGCACACUAAGCUGGAGGUGGUCAUUGAGGAGUCUUAUGAAUUUAAGAGCACAGUGGACAAGCUGAUCAAGAAGACGAACCUGGCUCUGGUGGUGGGGAGCAGCAGCUGGAGGGAGCAGUUUGUUAGUGCCGUCACAGUCAGUGCAGGCGACGAUGACGAGGAGGAGAGCGGCGAGGAGCGCUUGCCGUCCUGCUUCGAUUACAUCAUGCACUUCCUGACAGUUUUCUGGAAAGUCCUCUUCGCGUUUGUUCCGCCCACUGAGUACUGGAACGGCUGGGCCUGCUUCUUUGUGUCCAUCUCCCUCAUCGGCGCUCUGACGGCCGUGACCGGGGACCUGGCCUCUCAUUUCGGCUGCACCAUCGGCCUCAAAGACUCCGUCACCGCCGUGGUGUUCGUGGCCCUCGGCACCUCUGUUCCAGACACAUUUGCCAGUAAAGUGGCGGCCAUCCAGGACCAAUACGCUGACGCCUCCAUCGGUAACGUGACCGGCAGCAACGCGGUGAACGUGUUCCUGGGCAUCGGGGUGGCGUGGACCAUCGCGGCCGUUUACUGGCAGAGCAAAGGCAAGGUGUUCAAGGUGAACCCGGGCUCCCUGGCCUUCUCCGUCACCCUCUUCACCGUCAUGGCCAUGAUGUGUGUGCUGGUGCUGCUCUACCGCCGGCGUCCCAGCAUAUCGGGCGGAGAGCUCGGGGGCCCACGGACAGCCAAGCUCGUCACCUUCUUCCUCUUCCUCUCCGUCUGGUUCAUCUACAUCCUGUUGUCCUCCUUGGAGGCGUACUGCCACAUGCCUGGUUUCUGAGGGAAACGCACAGACACAACCCUUCUCCUUGUUUUUACAGUCUACUGAACGUGUUUUCUCUCUCCGUAUUUUCACAAAAGUUUAUAGCUAUUUGUAUUAUUAGUUGUUACUGAUACUGCUCAAUAUCUGAUCGACUUUGAAUCUUUGGACGUUAGAACUUUGCCACCAUCUACUACGCUGUGAAGGAUAGCCGCUGAAACUGAACCUCCUCCUCAACUUUUCUUCCUUUUUUUGAAACGUAAUGUUCCAAAGGAACAUCUGUCAGCAUAAAUCCCAUUAAACAUUCACGUCACUCAACGUGUAAAACUUGUGGCAUCAUGUCCUUAAUCAGAGGACGAUUAUUUAAGUUUUAAAGUGUUAAGAAAGCACAAGAUUGAAGGAAGUUUGGGAAAAAUUGAAGGUGGUGCAUGAGAUGACAUAUACUUGACAUUCACAUAAAGGGAAAGACAUGACUGAGGCAAGGAGGACCUGUAAAACAUAUUUGUGUGUGGAUAUUUAUUACUCAAAUCUAUACAUUAAUUAUUCACUGUAUAUCAUGUAAAAGAUGAACAUUGUGCGUGGGAGUUUUGUGAGUACGUGUGUUUACUUUUGCACGUGAUCAGAGUUUCUUGGUAAUCAACUUUAAAGUACUGUAUGUGAUAUUUUUGACAUGGCACUCGAUGUGUUGGUGUAUUCCUGUAAAUGUGAAGCAUAGCAUUCACUGCCCGGCGGUGCCCUUUCCCAUGAAGCUUUCUCAGUCAGUAUCAUGUUCGACAUAGCCAGGGUUUAUUUUAAAGAACAGAAAUCAACAUGGAGCAGAGUGCCAGCUUUAAAUUGUAUUAUGAAGUAUAACUUCUUUGAGCACAUUUAUAAUUUGUGUGUGUGUGUGCGUGCGUGCGUGCGUGUGUGUGUGUGUGCGCUCCUCUCUAGCACAAAAUGUCGGUAGGAAUGUCACGAUCUCGUCACUGACAAUUGGUACGGUGCACAGAUGCGGAACAGCACUUUUUCUUAUCCGUCAUGCUGACACUGUGAACAUCUUUCAACCGCAUCACUUUUAGCAAGAGCACGGCAGAGAACAAAGGGGCCACUUUUCAGAUGGCCGCAGGCGGAGCGAGGUCCCCGUCACAGCACAAUCGCCAAACGCGUCCAUCAUUUGAAAUGGAAAGUUGUGCUGAGAGAGACGACGUGUACAGUAUUUCCUGAGAGUGUCUCCCUGUGUCACACAGCAGUUGAUAUUGAACUUUUUUUGUCGUUGUUUUUUGGUUUGUUUUUUUACCUAGAAUCUGUAGAGCCAUAUUUAUUGUAACAGUAUUACAGUAGAGGUAUUUAUAUGAUCCGUUUUUGGUUUAAUUGAUAUGCACGUUUAAUGUACAAAAAGUGGAAAUAAAUGUUGCAGAUUUA